GAUCGAGCAUGACUGAUAUGACCAGCCUUGAGACUUCCCCUCCAAGGACAGGAUGGACUGGGAGCAGGCUUUGGGCUACUCUGGCAUCGCAAUGGGAUGAUAAAACUAAAGAAUCCUCAUAAAAAGGGCUGCUCAGUGAUUCUGUGCAUGAAGGAAGAGUCUCAGGCACAGCCCGGAUUGAACAUGGGUGUACCGAGUCAACUCUUCUGUCUGCUGUUCCUGCUCCCAGCUGCCAGCAGGAGCACUGUGUUGAGCCAGUCCCCGGCCUUCCUGUCCGUGUCUCUAAGAGAGAGUGUCUCCAUGGUUUGCAGAGCUGAUCAGAGCAUUAGUGACUACCUGACCUGGUACCAGCAGAAACCAGGCCAGGCUCCUAAGCCUCUCAUCUACGACGCUGAUAACCGAUAUACCGGUGUCCCAGAAAAGUUCAUUGGGAUUCAGUAUGGGACAGAAUUCAUUCUCAAAAUCAGCGAGGUAGAGGCCGAUGAUGUCGCCACUUACUACUGUCAGCAGGAUUAUACAGUUCCGUGGAUCACCUUUGGCCCAGGGACACGUCUAGAAAUAAAACGCGCCGUGGCUAAGCCGUCCGUCUCCAUCUUCCCCCCGUCGGCGCAGCAGCUAAGCGGCGGAAACGCCUCGGUCGUGUGCUUGCUGAGCCGCUUCUACCCCAGGGAAGUCAGCGUCAGGUGGAAAGUAGACGGUGUCGUCCAAACCCAGGGCAUCCAGAGCAGUGCCUCGGAGCAGGACAGCAGGGACAGAACCUACAGCCUCAGCAGCACCUUGACGCUGCCCAGCUCCGAGUACAGAAGCCAUGCCGUCUACGCCUGCGAGGUCUCCCACCAGGGCCUGGGGGCUGCCUUUGUCAAGAGCUUCAACAGGGAGGAGUGUUAG